AUGGCCUGUUACGCCCCCUGCCCCUCCCCUUCCCCCAACUCUCCCCGCGAAUUCGAAAUCCCGAAAAUCAAGCUUAACCCAAAUUCAAUCACAGAUUCGCGUAGAAAAAUCUGGUAUCUGAUCCACCUGGACCUGCAACCCGCCCCCGCUUUCGGGAUCACUUCCUCUUUUAACCCCCGGUCCAAGGAAAUGGUGCCUUCAACCUUCUACGGCCUCCUCGAGAAGCGAGGUUACUUCUACCAGCAAUGUAUUGAAGGUUCCACGAGACUGGAAAAGUCCAAAAAAUAUCUUGUUCCGCUCUCGACACUCACACUUGACCAAUUGACCUUCUGGAAGCCCGAUUUUCUCCCCGAGGCUGUGGACGCUCCCGUUCGAGAGAAGGCACGAGAUCUAGGGCUUUGGCCGGAAGACGUGCGCGAGCCCAACGGCAACUAUGAGAAGUUCCGUAUCGCGCCUGUAGACCCUGUAACAAAUCCGCUACUGCUUGAACGGUACGGAGGCAUGAUAGCCCCUGGAGUGGUGUUUGUAGAUGAGAUGUAUCGAACCACGUAUCAUCGGCCAUCCGAGGUCCUCAAGGUUUUCUACGAGAGAAGGUAUCCUCUUGAUACCCUGAAAGCUAUCUUUGGACUGAGAAUUACUAACAUCAACACGCUCAAUGUGCUGAAGGAGAUAUACCAGCUAAGGAAUGCGCUUUCGUACCCCGACUUCCUGCCCCGGACUUGGGAAUGGGGCUCCAAAGAAUACAAUGCUCUCCUGGGAUCCGAGCUUGGGAACGCCGCUGCCUGCUUCGUUCUCUGUGCUUACGGCCAAAGCAGAGCUCGCAUUGCCCGCAUUACGACUUGGGCCCUUGACCCGUUGCCCGCUAUCGAGUUUGACCUGGAGCCCAUCGUCCCAGGAUCCGAGAGGCUGGUCGAAUACGAUGGAUGCGUAGUAUGCGCUCCAGAACGAUGGCCUAGGAUGCCAGACCCAAUUGCAGGGUUGCCUGGUCCAAUGUUCUCUUCCAUCAUGCGAGAAUCUGAGUAUUACCGUCCCUUGACAGGGCCCCCAGCACCUCCAGCCGAUCCCCGAAUCCUUUUCAAUCCAAUCGUCUCUGAACCUCGCCUCAGCCCCGAGCCUCUGACAGAUCCUAGCCUCAAACUUCUGUAUCCCAGGCCACCAUCUAUUAUCGAACCUCGUCUCCUCCAAACUGAGGAACCUUAG